UUUGACUGAGCGGAGCAGCCAGUGGAAGUGUUAAUUUUCUUAUUAUUAUUAAUGCCAAAACUUACUGCGCAUGUACUCACAACUUCUUCCACACGCCUCCUACCUCAAUUUUCUUUGUUGAUACCCUAAUUUUGCUAUAAAUAUCAUCCUUAUUCUUCAUCGAGUUAACCAAAAGAAAAUUUGUACUAAACUCAUUAUGGCAAACCAAAACCAAUCCUUUUCAUUCCUACUAAUUUUCCUUAUAGCCAUUUCCACAUUCAAAACAUCAAACGCAGCUGGAAUAGCCAUUUACUGGGGCCAAAAUGGAGGGGAAGGAACCUUAGCCGAUACAUGUGCCUCAGGAAACUAUCAAUUUGUAAACAUAGCUUUUCUCAACACUUUUGGCAAUGGCCAAACUCCUACGCUCAACCUAGCCGGUCAUUGUGACCCUGCCAACAACGGUUGCACCGGCCUAAGCUCCGAUAUCAAUGCUUGCCAAGGCCAAGGAAUCAAAGUCCUCAUUUCCUUAGGCGGUGCCUCAGGUAGUUACUCACUUUCAUCGGCUGAUGAUGCCAACCAAGUGGGGGAUUAUCUUUGGAACAACUUCCUUGGUGGUCAAUCGGAUUCUAGGCCGUUAGGGGAUGCGAUUUUGGACGGUGUAGACUUUGAUAUCGAAUCGGGUUCAGGCGAAUACUGGGACGUGUUGGCCAGUUCCCUGAAUGGGCAUAGCCAAGAGAGAACAGUUUACUUGGGUGCAGCCCCACAGUGUCCUUACCCUGAUGCACAUCUAGAUGGGGCUAUUAAAACUGGUCUGUUUGACUACGUUUGGGUUCAGUUUUAUAACAACGCUGGGUGCCAAUAUGAUGGGACUACCAAUAAUCUUUUAAACGCUUGGAACCAGUGGAUUUCCAGUGAAGCUAAGCAAGUGUUUUUGGGGAUUCCGGCAUCUGAAGAUGCAGCUCCUAGUGGUGGGUUUAUUCCGGCUGAUGUUUUGAUUUCUCAAGUUCUUCCCACCAUUAAGACGUCUGAAAAAUAUGGAGGAGUUAUGCUGUGGAAUAAACAAUUUGAUAAUGGUUAUAGUUCAUCAAUAAAGGGUAGUGUCUAAGAAUAUUAAGGAAGAAUUAUAUAUGUAUGUAUGUAUGUAUGUAUGUAUGUUUGAGUGUUAUUGAAUAAGUCACAUAUAUAUAAUAAUUGAAGUGACACCAUAUAUCAUUACUCAAAUUAAUUAAUAAAGGUAUAGAUGUAUC